ACAGCGCAUCAGUUGCCACGUAAGCUUGCAACUGUAAAAGAAACUGUGCUUCUUCAUUAAUCUUUCUUAAUUACUAAAUUAUUUAAUUAUCCACACUGUUAGUUAAUUAAUCACCAUUACUGAGCAAACAUAGAUUCUUAAUCCCACAGGUCAAAUCUACAUUCUCUCUAAUCUCAACAGUUAUCCUUCCCUUCCUCCAUUUCUGCAACUUCCUUUGAUCUCUCUCUCUCUCUCUCUCUCUCUCUCUCUCUCAGCUUCAAAAACCUUUCACUCCAUUGUUUCUCCUCUUCUUCUUCCUCCUCCUUUGAUUUUUAUAUGUAUUUUAACAUUUUCGCGUCAUGAAAAAUCCACAGACCAUGCAGUCUCGCUCAAAGCCCCAUGAAGAGUUUACUAAGAGAGAAAUUGGACAGAGCAAAAGUUGGGCUGAAACAUUUUGUUGUUUGGGUUGUUCGUGCCUACAGCUGUUUUGGCCCAGAGUGGUCAUGCGUAAAUUGCUUAACAUCUCCACCAAAGAUUCCGAUUACAGUGCCGACACUGACUCAGACGACGGUGACAAUGAUUCUGCUUCUGAUACCGAAGAAUUUUGUGAGUACGGUGGAGAAUCGCGGUUUAGAGGUAAUGGAGGAGAGGAUGCUCAGCUUGAUCCUAUCAAUGAUGCUCUUCCAAGAUUAAGGAGACGAAAAUCAGAAACUUUUAGGACACAGUAUAUAAACACAAAGGAACUCAGAAUAUGCAUUGGUACAUGGAAUGUUGGAGGAAAACUACCACCUGAUGAUCUAGAUAUUGAUGAGUGGAUUGAUAUUGAUGAACCUGCUGACAUCUAUGUUUUUGGUCUUCAGGAGAUUGUGCCAUUGAAUGCUGGGAAUAUAUUUGGUGCUGAAGAUAACCGCCCAGUUCCAAAGUGGGAAAACAUUAUUCGUGAUGCACUGAAUAGAAUUCGACCAACAAAGACCAAAGUUAAAUGCUAUACUGAUCCCCCAUCUCCAUCAAAAUUUAAGCCAUCUGAUGAUGUGCCAGAUAUAGAAGAGAUAUUACUUGAAAGUGAUAGUGAUAUUGGUGAGGAAAUUCAUCCAUUGGAUCAAGAUGAAGAUAGUCCGGACAUGGGUGACAUGGAUGUUAAUUCUGGAUUAGCAUCGGAUAAUAGUGGUAAAUUAGGUGUCCCAGUAGAAGAGAAUUUACAGAGGCAAUUUUCUUCUCCAAAGAAAUUAAGUAGGCUAAAUUGUUUGCGGACAGAAGAUUCUGCUGGAGAUGUAGAAGUAGCGGCAGGUCAAAACAACCGCAAGUUAACCAAAAUGCUUAGUGGCACUGAAAGGAUUGGUUUGAGCUGGCCAGAGCCCCCAUUAGACUUGUUAUCUCAGCAUGUUUUACAGAGACCAAAUUCCUUUAAAGCAGUUAAAUCUUUUAAAGCAAGCAAGUCUUUUGGAGCAUAUAAUUCUUUCAAGUUACUCACAAAUGAAAUGCAAUCGGACAUAGCGUUUCUUGCAGAACUUGACCUUGAAGCUCUCAUGAAACGCAAAAGAAGAUCAUCAUAUGUAAGGAUAGUAAGUAAGCAGAUGGUUGGAAUUUUCCUCACAAUUUGGGUUCGUAGGAGCUUGCGAAAGUACAUUCAGAACUUGAAAGUGUCGACCGUUGGCGUUGGGGUCAUGGGCUACAUUGGUAACAAGGGAUCGAUAUCAGUCAGUAUGUCUAUAUAUCAGACUCUUUUCUGUUUUAUAUGCACUCACCUGACAUCAGGUGAAAAAGAUGGAGAUGAACUCAAAAGAAAUGCUGAUGUGCAUGAAAUACAUAGGAGAACUCUAUUCCAUGCCAAUUCUGGUAUUGGUCUUCCAAAACGCAUCCUUGAUCAUGAAAGAAUUAUUUUGCUGGGUGAUUUGAACUAUCGGAUCAACUUGUCAUAUGAGAAAACACGAGAACUAAUCUCCCGAAAGGAGUGGUCCAAGUUAGAGGAGAGGGAUCAGCUUGUACGAGAACUAAGAAAGGGUCGUGCAUUUGAUGGAUGGACUGAGGGUACAUUAAAUUUUCCACCAACAUAUAAGUAUGAAAUAAAUUCAGACAAUUAUUAUGGAGAGGAUUCUAAAGCUGGGAGGCGUGUUCCAGCAUGGUGUGAUCGCAUCCUUUCUUAUGGAAAGGGAAUGAGGCUACUCAAGUACAGGAGAAAAGAGCUCAAACUUUCUGAUCAUCGACCUGUUACAGCCACUUAUAUGGCUGAGGCUGAGGUGUUCUGUCCUAGGAAGCUACAGAGGGCACUCACAUACACAGAUGCAGAGAUUGAAAAUGAGGAAGUUCUAGAAGAAACCAUUGAUGUUGGAAUGAGCCAGUUGAGAUUCGAGAAGUUUUAAUCUGAUGCAGGAUAUUUCUUCAUGGGAGCGUUAAUGGAGUCAAUGUAUUAUAAAAGGCAAAAAGCUUGAAGUAACUUUGCAAUUCUUCACUAUAUAAGAACUAGAUCCAUCCUUUUGAUUUUGCCAUUUUUUUCGCGAUAUUGUAAAUUCCAGUUAUUAUAUUUAGUGUGUUAACUUGAGGGGUUUGUCCUAUAGGGUUCAUAGAAAGAUUUAAGAUAGAAAGUGUGGUGGGUCUUUACGUGUGCAUCAAAGAAGGUAAUGUGUAUUUAGAGAACAAUCCUUGAGGUGUGCAGCACUCUCCAGUCUCAUGGAUCAUUAAUGUUGAUGUAAAAAAAUAAUAAUAACAAUUAAUGCAUGUGUUUAGUGAGUUGGUGCUGCUA